AGGCUGAGAAGGCGGAGGCCGCCGCCAAGAAGAGACUGGCGGAGGUCGAGGCCGCCGACGCGGUGAAGAAGCAAGCUGAAGAAGCCGCGCACCGCCAGUCGGCGGUUUUUGUUAUUCCUCUGAACUCCGCACCGCCACCCCCGGAGUUGACGGCGCAGACUAGGGAGGCCGGCGGCGAGAAGCCGGUCAUGGAGAAGGAUGGCGGCGACACCGCCAUGCUGGACGUGAUCGUGCCGCCACCGCCGUCAUCUGGGAGCGUGCAAGGCGAGCAGCCGGCGGACCCACCGGUGCCGCCAACCGAAGACGAGGUGGUGGCGGGCCUAGUUCUCCAGGUCGGCACGCCAACGCGUCGUCAUCUCGCGAAGGCGGCUUAGGCGCCGCGCCCUCAGGAGACCGGUGCCGCGAGCUCCACGAUCUCGGACACCGAAGCGACGAGCACCGCGCCCACUGGGUGGGUGCGGGGAGGCGGGACGGGCCCAUUGAACCGGGCGCUUCUGGACGUCCAAGCCAAGCUACGAGCCAAGGGCGAUGCCAUCAAGAACUGCACCAAGGCGUAUCUGGCAUCGCGAGAAGCCAUCCGGAUACAUUCCCUUCUUCUUUGUCUCUGUUUCUCGUCCUUCUCGGUGGGGGCGCACCAGCGCACCCACUGGGUGUAGUCCCCGAGUUUUGGGCCGGCUGCUGAGCAGGCGGCUCGGAACUCUGAUUGGCGAGUUCCAAGUACUAAUACUUGUCUGAAAUUUUGUCACAGGACUACCACAAUCUUCGCGUGACCACCUUCAACGCCAACAUCGAGGAGCUGGCCAAGUGGACCUCCGACUUGUCGGAAAGCCGGAAGGCCAACGCCGCCCUGCAGCAGCAGCAGCUGGGCGAGGCCAACACUGCCCUGCGCACCAAGGAGAAGGAGUGCGGCCAGCUGGCUGAGGAGCGCGACCGGCUGGCCAUGCAGCUGGCGGAGCAGAAGGAGCUGCUCAAGAAGGCCCAGAAAGAGGCGGAGGACAAGGAGACCGCCCUCCUUGCUGAAUUCGCGUCCGAGCCCUCCUCCUGGACCGACAAGGAGGCGAUGUUGUCCUCCGGCUUCCAUGAGAUCGAGGAUCUCGUCGAUGACUUCUUCCCUGGCCACUCGGACGCCACCAACCAGGCCAUCGAGGCUGAUCGUGAAGGGCAGAGGGCGGAUGGCGCGAAGAUCGCCGCUGACUCCCCCCGAACCCUUAAUGAGCAGAUCCUGAGCAUUGAGGCUUGUCUUCGGCCGGCCCACUGGAUGUUGCGCCGGCUUCAACGUGUCGACGCCCAGGCGAUCGCCGCCCUGUGGCCGGACAUGCAGGCACCGCGCACCCCAAGUCGGACUGCCGACUGGCUGGAGGUAGCGGCUGGCCGCCUUGAAGCUUGGAAGGGCUCUUCAGCUCGGGAUGGAGCGCGCCGGGCCUUAGAGUUCGUCAAGGCGUGGUAUCCUGGGCUGAGUCUAGCCCAGCUAGCCACGUUCCGGCUAGAAGUGAAGGAAAUAUGCCCUAGAGGCAAUAAUAAAGUUAUUAUUUAUUUCCUUAUAUCAUGAUAAAAGUUUAUUCUUCAUGUUAGAAUUGUAUUAUCCGGAAACAUAAUACUUGUG